GUGUUCUUCACUUCUUACGAACUGUUUAUCCCUUUUGCUUAUGGCAACUUCUAACAGAGAAUGGACUAUAAUCUCUCUGAUUUAAAUUUGGAGGUAGACAAGUACCAAAAAUCCAAACAUGGGUGGACAUUUAUUUCAUCAAUUCUACCUUCUACUCGACCACUAAAAUGCCCAAAGGUUCUUCCUGUCCCCAUACCUUCAUUUUAUCAUUUGUUUGCUUCUCACAUGCAGCAUGCCAAGGGGGCACAUGAUUUAUCGAUGAACGACAACUUCCAUGAUUUAUUGUGUCUGCCUCCAAAAUGCAGAAGGUGCCAACCAAAUUAACCACUCCCUAACUAUAGCAGAUUACACGGAAGUGAAGUCAGAAAAUGGCACUCAAUUUGACUCCCUUGCUUUCUUUUACUUUCCUGCAAAUGGGUUAUCAUACAUCUCCCAAAUUUUCCAUGGCCUCCAUGCACCGCUGUGUGUCCAGGGAGAUUAAGAAUACAAAGAAGACUUCUAGCUCUCCUCGCAAGGUGCAAGUAACCCACUCAAUGCCACCACACAAGAUUGAGAUUUUCAAAUCCAUGGAGAAUUGGGUUGAGGAGAACGUUUUAAUUCACCUGAAGCCAGUUGAGAAAUGUUGGCAACCUCAGGAUUUUCUGCCUGAUCCUGCAUCUGAUGGAUUUCAUGAGCGAGUCAAGGAGCUACAGGAGAGAGCUAAGGGGGCCCCGGAUGACUACUUUGUUGUUUUGGUUGGAGAAAUGAUCACUGAAGAAGCCCUUCCAACUUACCAAACACAGAUCAAUAUCCUUGAUGGAAUUCGUGAUGAAACAGGGGCAAGCCCCAGCUCCUGGGCAACUUGGACAAGGGCAUGGACCGCUGAAGAGAACAGGCACGGUGACCUUCUUAGUAAGUAUCUCUAUCUGUCUGGAAGAGUAAACAUGAAACAAAUCGAGAAGACGAUUCAGUAUUUGAUUGGGGCUGGAAUGGACGCUCAGAAUGAUAACAAUCCCUACCUUGGCUUCAUCUAUACUUCAUUUCAAGAAAGGGCAACCUUCAUAUCCCAUGGUAGUACUGCCAGGCUCGCCAAUCAACAUGGGGACAAGAGCUUGGCUCAAAUAUGUGGCAUAAUAGCCUCAGAUGAGAAGCGCCAUGAAACUGCCUACACCAAGAUAGUGGAAAAGCUCUUUGAGAUUGAUCCCAAUGGAACUGUUUUGGCUUUCGCAGACAGGAUGAGCAAAAAAAUUACCAUGCCGGGCCGCUUGAUGUAUGAUGGAUGUGAUGAAAAACUUUUUGAGCACUUCUCAGCAGUUGCUCAGAGGCUUGGUGUGUAUACUGCCAAGGACUAUGUUGAUGUCAUAGAAUUCUUUGUGGAGAGAUGGAACGUGGAAAAGCUAACUGGGCUUUCUAGUGAGGGGCGAAAAGCUCAGGAUUACGUUUGUGGGUUAGCUCAAAGAUUUAGAAAGCUGGAGGAGAGAGCUCAAGAAAAAGCUAAGCAAGCACCCACCAUUCCUUUCAGUUGGAUUUUGGAUAGAGAAGUGAGGCUCUGAGUGCAAAAUGGAAGACAAAGAUUGGUCGUGUCCUCAAAGAUCUAUCCUGUAAUAUACAAGUUUAAGCCAUCUAUGUUUCUCUAUCUCAAUUUCAAUAAUCACGAUCUCAUCUCAUAUCACUUCUUAGAAUAAUCCUAAACUAGGGUUUUGGUUUGUAUCUCAUCAUUUGGACUGGAGCAGUGCUUUUUUUUUUUUUUUUUUUUGCCGAUAAGAUAUUGGUAAAAACAUCCUAUGUUAUCAUGAGCAAGUAAAUUAUUUAGAUCUGGUUUGAGCGUGGUA